CAACAGAUGGUCAACGCUUGACUAAUCCGACAGACGGUUCCGCACGCACCUUGGAGUUGGAGCACCGAAGCCAGCCAGCCAUGGCGGCGCUGCCGCUGUACCUGCUGCUCCUCCUCCCCCUGGCGAUCGUCCCUUUCCUCUUUCUCAAGCGCGCGGCGCGUCGGCGCACGCCGGCCGGCCGCCCUCCUCCUUCCCCAUGGGCGCUCCCGGUGCUGGGCCACCUCCACCACCUCGCGCUCGCGGGGUCCCUGCCGCACCGCGCCAUGCGUGACCUCGCGCGGCGCCACGGCCCGCUCCUGCUGCUCCGCCUCGGCGGGCUCCCCGUGGUCGUGGCCUCCUCCGCGGACGCGGCGCGCGAGGUCAUGGUGACCCGGGACGUCGACUUCGCCACGCGGCCCAUCAGCCGCAUGACCCGCCUCUGCAUCCCCGACGGCGCCGAGGGGAUCAUCUUCGCGCCCUACGGCGACGCGUGGCGCCAGAUCCGCAAGGUCUGCACCGUCGAGCUGCUCAGCGCCCGCCGCGUCCGCUCGUUCCGCCCCGUGCGCGAGGAGGAGGCCGCCCGGCUGCUCCGCGCGGUGGCGGCGGCGGCGGGCGCGGCGGUGAACCUCAGCGGGCUGCUGUCGGCGUUCGCGGCCGACUCGGCGGUGCGCGCCAUCGUCGGGAGCAGGUUCAAGGACCGGGACAGGUUCCUGGCGCUGCUGGAGCGCGGGAUCAAGCUGUUCGCCAAGAUGAGCCUGCCGGAUCUCUACCCGUCCUCGCGCCUCGCGAUGCUCGUCAGCCGGAUGCCGCGCCGGAUGAAGCGGCACCGCGAGGAAGGCGCCGCGUUCAUGGACGCCAUCGUCCGUGAGCACCAAGAGAACCGAGCCGCCGGCGCCGACGACGACGACGAAGACUUGCUGGACGUGCUCCUGAGGAUCCAGAGGGACGGCGACCUGCAGUUCCCCAUCUCCACCGACAACAUCAAGUCAACCGUCGGCGACAUGUUCGCGGGGGGCAGCGACACGGCGGCGACGACGCUGCAGUGGGCGAUGGCGGAGCUGGUGAGGAACCCGAGAGUGAUGCAGAAGGCGCAAGCGGAGGUCCGGCGAGUGCUGGCGGGGCAGGACAAGGUAAGAGAGGACUCCCUGGGGGAGCUCGCCUACAUGCGGCUGGUGAUCAAGGAGGCGCUGCGGCUGCACCCGCCGGCGCCGCUGCUGCUGCCGCGGGAGUGCCGGGCCGACGGCUGCAAGGUGCUGGGGUUCGACGUGCCCAGGGGCGCCAUGGUGCUCGUCAACGCCUGGGCCAUCAGCCGGGACCCGGAGCUGUGGGAGGCCGCGGAGGAGUUCGUGCCGGAGCGGUUCGAGCGCGGCGACGCCGUGGAUUUCAGGGGCGCGGACAUGGCGUUCACGCCGUUCGGGGCGGGGCGGCGGAUGUGCCCCGGGAUGGCGUUCGGGCUGGCCAACGUGGAGCUGGCGCUCGCGGGGCUGCUGUACCAUUUCGACUGGGAGAUGCCGGCGGACGACGGGCCUGGGGAGACGCUGGGCAUGGCGGAGGCGGAGGAGAUGGGCGUCACCGUGCGGCUGCGCCAUGACCUGCUGCUUGUUCCCGUCGUCCGAGUGCCCGUGCCCGUAGACUAGUGGAGUAGUUAUCUGAAAAUGUUUGUGACCGUCUUCCGGUUCGAGGAAUGCUGGGGUGAGUUCAACUUUGUUAAAUUUUCACUCGAAUGUUAGGAAAUCUUGGGAACGAAAUUUGAAUUGCAGGUUCUAGUUAUCUGAAAAUUUAAAUUUUCACUCGAAGAAGAAGAAGAAGAAGAGCUAGCGGGAGAGUACAAGGAACCCCCGCCGCCACCGACGUUGAAGACGGAGCUGGUGACCUUUUCGGAGAUGCUGCAAUUUUUUGGAGAUUCUUGGAACGUGGAGGGGGAUGCAUGGGUGCAGGUCUUCGGCGCGCUGCAGUUUCCGGAACGGGUGUAUGAGCUGGACGCCAUGCUCAUGUCCCCUGGGAUCGAACAAGGCCCCGCCGAUCACCACCCGUGAUACAGAUUUAGGCAAAUUAUUAUUCUCAUCGAUUAGGCGAGUGUAAUAUAAGUAGGACAGUAUUUCGAUCGAUCGAUCAGGAACAAUGUACUCCUGCUACAGUAUAUUAUCAAAUUAUUAAAAUCCUACUGCUUUGUAAUACUAAUUCCUAUUUCAGCUAUCUGUACUGGUCAUGAUCAAAUUAUUAAACUUGCAUAAUGACAGACACUGGUCAUGAUCCA